CACUUUGCGUGACCUAGAAGCCAUACUUGUCAUUUAUUUCCUCCUAAUAGCGCCGAAUGAUUGUACAGGACUUGGUAUAAAAGCCUUAUUGUGACCAGGACUUAUCAUUCGCAGUUCACUGUGCACUAAAACCAAACGUUUUGAAAUGGCAGCUAAGUUCUUCGCUCUUGCUCUCUUGGUGGCGGCUGCACAAGGCAGCGCUAUCCAUGGCGCCGACUACUCCAGCUUUUCAUAUGGUGUUGCCGAUCCCCACACCGGAGAUGUAAAGAGUCAACAUGAAACUCGCGUGGGCGAUAAUGUAGUUGGACAGUACUCACUGCUGGAAUCUGAUGGAAGCCGACGUACCGUUGACUACGCUGCUGAUGCCCAUUCAGGAUUCAACGCCAUUGUACGCAAGGACCCAGCUCUCGUUGCCCACCCAGCCCCAGCAGUCGUUGCUGCACCUAUUGCACACGCAGCCAUUGCAGCUCCAAUUGCCCAUGCUGCUCCUCUAGCGCUGGCUGCCCACGCUGCUCCUGUUGCUUAUGCUGCUGGUCCCUCCGUGUCACACUCCGCCUACUCCACCUCCGUAGCUCACGGAGGAGUCGUCUCUGCUCCUAUUGCCCAUGCUGCAAUUGCCGCUCCCCUUGCCUACGCUGCUCCUUUGGCUCAUGGUGGUGCCUGGGCCCACGGAGCCCUCGCCGGUCCCCUCGCUCAUGGUUUAGCAUAUGGCGCUCAUGGUCUCGGACACUACUAAAUAUCGAUAUAGGAAUUUAUUUAUGUACCUACGUAAUUAAUAAUUAUGACGAUGGUUAUGAUUGAUGAAUGUAAAUGCUGUGAUCAAAUAAAAACUUUUUACGAGUA